CAAGUUUGAAAUGAACUUCCCUAGGUCCCGGGACUGAACAUAUGUGGUGGGCGGGGCUUGAACACUUACGAACCUCCGCCGGUUGUUUUCGUAACCUUUCGGACUCUCCGCCCGCUCAGCUCGUGUCCGGACUUCAGUCUGCCGCAGAGAACCGCUCCAAUGUCUCCAAAGUUUGCCGAACUUUCCCGAUCGCCCGGGCACGCGGGCUCGGCGGCGCCUCGGGGCGGGGAGUAACGGUCUGGGAUGGUUUCCGAGUGUUAGCUUCGUCACAGCAACAGGUCCGCCAUGCAGCGCGGCUGCUUCCCCAGGUACUCCUGGAUCGACUUCGCCUUCUCCGUGAUCGGGGUCUGCACCUUCCUGAUGGACUGGGGCUCCGACCUGUGGGUGGCCGCCGAGUUUUACUGCCGUGGGGACCUUUCCUGGUUCGGGGUGCUGGUGGGCCUCAUGAUCCUGUCCUCGGUCGUGGUGCAAAUGUUCAGCUGGUUCUGGUUCGUGUAUGACCGGAAGUUGUCGGGCUUCGGGAGCAAAGUGGGGACCAACUCCGUGCUGUGCGGGGACCGAGUGAAGAUCUUCUGCCUGCUGCACGUGCUGCAACUCGGCUUCUUCUGCAGGCACAUCUCAGCCAUCCGGCAGGGUUUCAGGGUGUGGUGGAGGAAGGAGGAGGGCUCGGAGUAUGCCAUCUACCUCACGCACGACCUGAGCAUGCUCCGCUUGUUCGAGACGUUCUGCGAGAGUGCGCCUCAGCUCAUCCUGAUGAUGUAUGUCAUGCUGCGCACCAACAGGGCCCGGGUCGUUCAGUUUGUGAGCGUGGCUGCUUCCACCACCUCCAUCGCCUGGAUGGUUCUGGACUACCACCGCUCGCUGCGCUCCUUCCUCCCGGACAAAGCCCAGCAGGGGUGGGGCUCCUCAGUGGUCUACUUCCUGUGGAACCUGCUGCUGAUUGGUCCCCGCGUGGCGGCCCUCGCCCUCUUCUCGUCCGUGCUACCUUUGCUCAUUGUCCCCCACUUCCUGCUGCUGUGGUUGGCCUUCCUGCUGUGGGCGUGGCAACAGCAGACAAACUUUAUGGACAGCGCUGUGGGGGAGUGGCUAUACCGGGCCACCGUCGGACUCAUCUGGUACUUCAGCUGGUUCAAUGUGGCGGAGGGCCACACCCGGGUCAGAAGCCUGAUCUACCAUUCCUUCAUGACGGCGGACUGUUGCCUCCUUCUGGUCACCUGGUGGUACCUGAGAGACGCGGCGCAGACAGAAGCGUACGGCCUGGCCCUGAUCAUUGCGCUGCCGCUUUCUUACCUGCUCGGGCUGCUCUUCAAAGCCAUCUACUACUGUUGCUUCCACCCCAAACUGUGGCGGCCCCCACCGACUGAGGGGAGGCUGCCCAACGACCUGCCAGACUCUGAAGUGACCCUCAGAUCCUUCUCCAUCCAGGAUGACAGUGUGUCCGCCCCAAUCUUCAACAAGCGCAUGGAACACCACGCUGCCCGCUUCUACUAAAAGGGAGGGGCCACACACCCAGUCAAGGCGUUGCCAUGGCACCUACAGGCAAAGCGGUCGUCCAGACUUUUUCCUGUCAGUGACGCCUGCAGACACACAGGCGUUUCUAUGAAAGUGAACAAUAACUCAGGAGUUUGUUUAUCCAAUUAUUUUUUUAAUGAAACUCUUGAAAAUGCAGGUAACCUGUAAGCAGAAGGAUGUGUUCAUGAAUGUUUGUAAAAAUGAAGAUUUAUAUUUGUACCUGAAAAUGCAACCAAAAAAAGGUUGAGAGGAAAAUAUUGGCUUCACUUUAUUGUAACCUUAAGGCAAUGUCCUUUUACGAAAAGAGUGCAAAAAUGUCGACUUAUUUUGUUCAACAAUGAUGAUGAAAACAUGGCAACCAAACAUACCUUCUCUUUCCUUCCCUUCAGGCGAAUGCAUUUUUAUGUCUAUGCUUUCUUGAACAUUCAGUCAUGAGUUAACUGAAAUGAUUGAAUUGACUUGGCGGCUUAGCCUGACUAGUUGUUGAUAUGAACAUUGCAACACAACCUGAGAGAGCGUUGGUGAAGGUUUGCCAUGGAGAAAUGUUUUAAAGAACAUGAUUUCUACUCCAGUUGCCAUGACUCAACUUCGCAGAGCCUAAAAUACCACAGAAGAAAUGCUUGUCAUGUCUCCAAACCCCCGAAAAGCAAUCAAAUCCACUUGUUUAUUUUUUA